ACAAACAGAUCGACACGAUCAGAGAUCAGUUGUUUGUUUUGAUCGUGUGGACAUCUCAGAUUGGUUCAGUGUCCUAAGCUGAAAAGCUGUUUCAUAGAUGAUUGUUACGUUAAAAUUAUGUUCUGAUUUAUUCAAGCAAAACAAAAAAAAAUAUAUGAUUUAGUUUCCCAGAACCAUAUCAAUCAAACAAUGCAAGUUUAAUAUUUUGGAAUAUGGAUUUUAAAAAUGACAAGCAUGAUGAAACUACAGAAAGUGAGACAAACUUUUUAAAUGGAAAUGUAAAGCCCUCCACUGUAAUUGAACUUAAUGAUCCGAAUUCAGAUUUUGAAUCAGAUGUGCCUAUAUUCUUAAAGUUAAUUCAAGAUGUUUAUAAUCGAAGACUUUCAGCUAUUGAAACUAACAAGAAUUUGAAUGAAACUGAAAAAGCACAGGAGAAAAUUAUAGCUUUAGAAUCAUAUGUUAAACAUCUCUACGAACAAAAUGAUACUUUUGCAUCAACCAUGAUUGAGUUAGAAAAGGAAGCCCAACAGAGAGUUAAACAAAUGGAAAAAAGAUUAAAGAAUAGUGCUAAAACAACAAUGGAAGCUGUGAUUAAUAUGCAUGAAUAUGAAAAAGAAAUAAAGAGGUUGGUUGAAGAGCGCAUCUACAUUGAAUCCGUUUAUAAGGAUUCUCAGCAGCAUCUCACAGCUCUAAAAGUUGAAAAUGGCUUUUUACGAGAUCAAAAUUCUAAUCUAAAUCACGAUGUCCAAGCUUUAUUGCAUGUUAUUCAUCAUGCUCGUUCAACUGGACAUUGGGAAAUGGACUGUGUGACAUUUUGUGAAGUUACUCCUGAACAAGUUUUUGGGCCUGUGCAAUCUAUUUCACAUAAUGAUGGGACUGAUACUGACUCGCAGCUUUAUAAUAGAGACAGCAAAAAGAUGUCUACCAAUUCAGAUAUAUUCUCCCAAGAUACUGCUAGCAUUUAUACUUCCAGUCCACACCAUUCCAGAGUCCGAUCUAAGGGAAAAGCAAACUUAUCUCCUGUUCACCUUCUCUCUUCAUGUUUACCUAGGUGUGCUUCAUUACCUGAAAUUGGCAAUAUUUAUAAUUUUAACCAAGCUGUACAUAAAUCAAACUCUUAUGAUACAAAUGGUAAUAAGAGACUUUUAGGAUUUAAAUCAUCUAAACAUAAAAGAAUUGGUGCUAGAAAUGCUAUACAGACUCCUGAAUUGUUAAAAGAUGUGUCCUGUGUUGAAAAUCUGGAAGAAAGAUUGUGUAAUCGUAAAGGCCAAAGUGAACCUCACUUAUUUAUGUUUGAUGGUAAUAUUUAUAAGUACACACCCUGUGAACCCAUUAAAAAAGCUUCAAGUAAUGCCUUAUGUGAAAACUAUCAAUCUAGUCUUCCACCAUAUCAAAGUAUAGAUUUAAAAUUUCCUACUGAAGGAUCAACAUUAAAGGUCAACAUAUGGAAUAAAUUGAAAUCUGGAUCUUAUUUAGAUGAUCAAGAAAACUCAUAUUUAAAGGAUAAUUCAACUGAUAGUUCCUGUAGUUGUUCUGAGUCUGAAAUUACAGGACUAAAUCAACAGAUGUGUAGAUUAUUUGGAGAACAGUGCAAUAUGUGUGUUCACAGUGAGAAUAAGGUUUCAAAGUUUUCAGUAGGUUUGCAAGCAGAAGCUGAUAGAACUACUCAAGGAACUCAGUUCAUCUUAAAUGAUAUUCCAAAUAUACUGGAUGAGUGUCCUGGUCGAGAUGUAGUUGAAAGAAGUUUGAUACAAAAUUUAAAGGAAGAUCUAAAUAAAGCCAUAAUUAGGAUUGAAGAAAAGUCUGUUCUUCUUGAUCAGUUGCAAAAUCACGUUGAUUCAGUUAUGAAACAAGUCGAGUUAAAAGACACAGCCUUGGAGAACCUGGAAAGAAAACUUCAAAAUUCUCGGCAAGAAUGUUCAGUUUUUGAAAAAAAACUAGAUGACUUAAGUUCAACGAUGCAAGUUACCAUUAAAAAUUAUGAAGAAUCUUGUAUAGAAAUAGAAAAACUUAAGUUACAGGUGGAGCAGCAGUCUUAUAUAAUCAGAAAUCUUCAAGAUGCACUAGUUCAAUCUAAACGUGCCUUUGAUGCAGCACAUUUAAAAGUAACUUCUCCUCAAGGAUUGAAUUCUGAAACAGUGAAGACAAAAAAUCACCAAACCUCAAAGAGUGCUAUUGUUGAUAUAUGAAAAAUUAUUUGCAUAUUUUGCUAAUAUUCACUGGCAGCUUACUUCUUGUAAAGGGCAAAUAAGCUUAUAGAGCUUAUGUGCCAAUGAAUAAUUUGACGUUCUCGGUGACAAAAUGUCAAUAUAUGUUUUAUUACUAGAAAUAAAAAGUUUUUGUUGAUAUUUAAAA